AUGGAGGUCAGUCAAGCACAUCUACCCGUUGAAGUCUUGGACCAGAUCAUCCAGUACAUCAUACCUGAUGCGAAUUACCUAGCGUAUCCAUCAUCGCACCCAACAACAAAAACACUGGUAUCGCUUAUUACGGUCUCCAAAGCUACUAGUCACAUCGCGAAGCUCUCACUCUAUACCCAUUGCCUCUACAUCGACACACCUUGGCGCCUUGAUUCUCUUCUUACAAAGUCGCUCUCGACAUCGAAUUGUCCUAUUCCACUCGCACGCAUUGAUCGGCUUUAUAUUUCACCAUUCUCGGGUCGCACAAUCAGGGAGCGAAAGGUUGUCGAACAGAUUACAGAACUGUUUACGCUAUUGGCACCGAGCCUCAAGCGUUUGAUCGUCGAUAUGCCGCUUCGCUCUCACUAUCCGCAAGAGGACGUGACCGAAAAGCUGCGGCCAAUACUGCGACGAGGCUUUGAGCGACUGGUCAAUCUUGAGGAAUUCUCCAGCGUGAGAGAUGAACUAUUCCUUGCAUACCGGGACCCCGCUUUCGAACACGUUGCCGAUCCCGAGGACGACUAUGAACUUUGGAAAAACGACAUCAUGUUCGAAAAGUGGACCAAGCUACGCUACUUGAGUCUGUACAACCGUGAAAUUGGGAGAGACUUCAGAGACGCCUUAUGGCGUAUGCCGAUGCUGGAGAAAGUCGUCUUGUCUCGACCGGACUGGGAUAAUGAUGAGGGGUUUUGGCCGAGAGAUCCUGGUGCCUACUCAGGAAGCAGUGUGCAGAUUGUAGUUGUAGAGACUACAGAUGUUGCUACUCAUGCCGGGUUGCAGAAGUUGAGUCAUGUGAAUCUGCUCUCGACUCAACAGCCUGAUGCGUGGAAAUUUAGCUUGUUCGUGGAUAAAGACAAAGAUACCAUUUCGUCUACACAGGAAUGGUCAUUGGAAGGCAUGCUAAAUGGGGAAUUAUGGUCU